UGAUUUUUUUUUUUUCCCUUAAGCGAGAGUACAAUACGGUCCUGUAAACUGCUUCAGAGCGUCUGGUCUGCGGCCUCGGAGAGCCAUGGAGAGGAAGCGGCCGCUAGUAGUCUUGUUCGACCUGGGCGGCGUCCUUCUGGAUGGCAGUCAAACACUUUUCCGAACUCUGGAGAAGACUGUGGGCUUGCCUGGAGAUUUCUUUCAAAAAGUCAUUCAACAUGGUGGCUCUGAUGGACCUUUCUCCAAAGGGAUGACUGGACAGAUUGGAUUAACUCAGCUUAUUGCUGACUUUGAAGAUGAUUGCAAGAAAGUUUCUUCUACUUCUAAUAUCCCCCUCCCUGAAAACUUCUCAUUGAGCAAGAGUUUUGUCGAAACGAUGGCGAAAAAUGGCUUUAGUGUACCCUUCCUGAAGGCUGCUAUGCUUCUCAAGAAAAAUGAUUUCAGAAUUGCUGUCCUGACAAACAACUGGAUUGAUGAUACUCCUAGCAGGCAUCAAACAGGGUUCGCUUUAUGUCUGCUGAGGAAAUAUUUUGGUAAGGUGAUUGAAUCCUGUCGGAUUGGGCUGCAGAAACCAGAUCCCAAGAUUUACGAGUAUGCAUUACAUGAGCUGAAUGUAACACCUGAGGAGGUUAUUUAUCUGGAUGACAUUGGUGCAAAUUUAAAGCCUGCUCAGAAGAUGGGGAUGACAACAAUCCUAGUGAAAGAAGCUGAUUCUGCUUUGAAGCAGCUUCAAGAUCUGACUGGGGUUCAGCUUCUUGACCAGGAAGAAUAUCUCCCUUCAGCAUGUGAGCCCCAGGAUGUGGCCCAUGGAUAUGUAAAAAUCAAGCCGGACACCGAGUUGCACUUUGUGGAGAUGGGAAGUGGUCCAGUGAUUUGCCUCUGCCAUGGAUUUCCAGAGUCCUGGUUUUCUUGGAGGUUCCAGAUUCCUGCCCUUGCUGAUGCUGGCUUCCGUGUCAUUGCCUUGCAAAUGAAAGGCUAUGGAGAUUCUGUGGGUCCACCAGAUACAGAAGCAUAUUCUCAGGAAGAAAUUUGUAAGGAUUUGCUGAUCUUUCUGGACAAAAUGAGCAUUGUUCAGGCUACAUUCAUUGGUCAUGAUUGGGGUGGUGUCACAGUGUGGAAUAUGGCUCUCUUUUACCCAGAGCGGGUCAAGGCAGUGGCUGGAAUAAAUACACCCUAUACACCUUCAAGGGCUGGAGUGAAUAUUGUGGAAAGGCUGGAAUCCAUUCCUGUUUUUGAUUAUCAAUUCUACUUCCAAGAGCUAGGAGUUGCAGAGGCUGAACUGGAGAAAGAUAUAAUCCGAACUCUGAAGAUUGUGAUCCGAUCUAGCAGGAAGGAGGAUAAAAUGGGAGGAUCUUCUCUUAGUACAGCUGGAGUUAGAAAGCGAGGGGGGCUGUUUGUGGGACUUCCUGAAGACCCACCUCCAAGCUCUCUUCUUCCAGAGCCAAUCCUCCAGUACUAUGUACAACAAUAUCAAAAAUCUGGAUUCAGGGGUCCACUGAACUGGUACCGAAACAUGGAAAGAAACUGGUCUUGGGGUGCUUCUACCCAGGGCAGAAAGAUCACAGUUCCUGCCCUGAUGGUCACUGCUGGAAAGGACAGAGUUCUCAGUCCAGAAAUGAGCAGGCACAUGGAGAAAUGGAUUCCACAAUUGACUCGUAGCCAUAUUGAAGACUGUGGGCAUUUCACACAAAUGGAGAGGCCUGCAGCUCUGAACAAAAUCCUGAUCGAAUGGCUGGAAGAAGUUCACAAAAAUGCUUCGUUGCAAACAACCGCCAAGCUUUGAAGAGGAUUUCAGACCACAAAUUGGCUAAACCGUUAGCCAAUUCAUUUACGGAAGGAGGAAAUAAUUCAUAAGAUAAUUGGUUAUGGAGCUCUCACAGUGCUUUUGGAAUUAAUAUAUAUAUAUUUGGUUGAUCUUUGAAAAAUUCAGUGCAUUGGAAAGUGUUAGUUAUGAUUCAUAUAAAAUGGAGUUUUAAAAAAUAGCCUAAACAGAAUGCUGAAAACAUAACCAUGCUGAGAUUAUGUUAUCCUUUGAUAGCUAUCCUUUUGAUUAUUUUGAGCCAGAGAGAGAGAAAAAUAGAAGGAAAUUCGUAAUGGCCCAGCUCUGUUCACACAUCAUUUGGACCAUGAUUUAUUUAAGCAGAGAUUACUGAAUGGAUCACAAUUGGAUGGGCUCAUGUAGUAUACUGUGUCCAAACCAAAUAGUACUGCCCUUUAGCACAAGGUAAGAGCCGUGGUGGCACAGCAGUUGGAUAUGCAGUAUUGCAGAAUAACUCUGCUCAUUACCAGGAGUUCGAUUCUCACCAGUUUAUGGUUGACUCAGCCUUCCAUCCUUCCGAGGUCGGUAAAAUGAGGACCCAGAUUGUUGGGGGCAAUAUGCUAACUUUGUAAACCGCUUAAAGAGGGUUAUAAAGCACUAUGAAGUGGUAUAUAAGUCUAAGUGCUAUUGCUGAUUUGUGAUCCGGUUAUAAUUUCCCUAACAUAUUGGAAUCAAGUUUCAAUCCUAAUUUGUGGGCAUCUUAAAUCACAGCUUCUCAGUUCAGAUGGAUCUAAAAGGGAUUUAACAAACUCAGGAUGCAUCAUCUGAAGCAGGCACAAAAACGUUUGUUUAAUGCUGUGAUUGGGGAUGAGGUUGCUCUCCAGAUGUUGGUAUCAGUUUUAUUAUGAUAGACUUUUUGGGCUGUGGCAGAUGGGAGUUGUGCUCAGAAAGGUCUGGAGAGUCAUAACCCUGAACUCGGGUGAAAUCCAGGUUCUGACAGGUUCUGGAGAAUCGGUAGUGGAAAUUUUGAGCAGUUUGGAGAACUGGCAAAUACACCUCUGGCUGGCCCCAGAGUGGGGUGGGAAUGGAGAUUUUGCAAUAUCUUUCCCCAGGAGUGGGGAGGGAAUGGGGAUUUUGCAGUAUCCUUCCCCUGGAGUGGGGUGGGAAUGGGGAUUUUGCAGUAUCCUUCUGCCAUGCCCACCAAGCCACAUCAAUCCACACCCACAGAACCGGUAGUAAAAAAAUUGGAUUUCAUCACUACCUGUACUGGACUUUCUAACUGUGGUAUUCAGUUUAACUUCAUGAUUAUGAACUUUCAAGUGUAUGUUUUGCAACAGUUUGUGUUCAUUUCUAAAAAGAUACUAUUGAUUGGAGUUUUUCAAAUUGUGUUCCACUGGAACCCUAGGUUUUCACAAGAAAUUGAUGGGGUUUGGCAAGAGAAUGAGGAGAAAAAUUCAUUCAAACGUGGCUAAAUUUCUACCACUGGAAUUCCUGGGAUUAAAAAAUUGAACAUGCCAUAUGUCUACUAUUCAUUCAAGCAAUUGUAUUUUUUCCUGGGAUCACAGGGAGAAAAGAUGGCUCCAUCAAAGAGCUGCAGACUGAUUUGCGCUUCUGCAUGUUCCAAUCCCCUCUUUUGUGAAUUGAACCUGAAGCACUAUAUGCAUGUGUUGUGUGUAGCCAUGUUAAGCAAGCACUUUGAGAACCCGAAACCCUUCUGAAUUUCUUGUACAAAGUAGAAGGACAUGAAACAUAAACAGAAAUAUUUCUUUGCAUACUUCGCAAAAAAGUAUGGAUGCUGUUUCUUUCAGCUCAGGUUGGUCUGUAUUUUUCAGCAGAGAUUUUAAAUAGGGGGAUUUGGUACUGAUAUCAGAUUUUUUUUUUCUGCAUAUCGGUGUGCUUUGGUACUGCUGCGAAAAUAAUUGGUUUCUGAAGAAGCAAUUUUAAGAAGGGUGGAAUUCUGGGAAGUGAAGUCCACCCAUCCUUAAAUGAACAAUGAGAAUGGUUAGAAACUCUCUUCAGUCUCUUAAUGGUUUUGGGUGAUGCUUAAGCUAAUAUCUUAUACCACCCAGGGUUUGAGGAAAGGUUGAGGAAUGUGUCCUUCAUACUCAUUUCACAAAGAUCUCUGCAAUAGGUUGGCAUUUAUGGGUGAUUAGAGCAGUAUUUCUUAACCUUGGCAACUUUAUGGGUGGGUGGACUUCAGCUCCCAGAUUUCAUACUGUUUGAGGAAUUCUGGAAAUUGAAGCCCACCCAUCUUAAAGUUCUCAAGGUCGAGAAACACUGAUUUAAGGCAAUCACAAGCUGGCUUGGAAUUCUGGGACAAAAAUAAUGGAAUAGAUUUGAGUUUUUUUUACAUACCAAUAUGUGCCUUGCUACAGAAUAAAGCCCCUUGUCUUCACUGAGUGUUACUCUAAGGCAGGGCUGUCAAACGCAUGGCCCACAGGCCAGAUGUGUCAUGAGCUGGCCACACCCACGCCCGGUUUAGUGAAGGGGAAAAAAGUCCUGAUGUGUCACAUGAUGCCGCCGUGACAAUGCGAGUUUGACACCCCAGCUCUAAGGCGACACCAGAAAAUGCCUGGUCAGCACUUGAGUGGUACAUUCUUGGGUAUGCAGUUAUCUGGUAUUACUUGUAGAAUACUAAUCAAUAGAAUAAAAGUUUUGGAAACAGUAUUCUUGUGUUCUUGAAUAAAGUUUGCUGCAGAGAGAAAUGGAUCUACAAUACAUUCAUUCCUAGAGGCAGUUCCAGGGAUUUACUGAUGACUUAAGAACAUAAUAUUUGACUAUCUUGGUUUGCUUCAGUGUCUAGUUUCUUAUAUCCUAUGGUGCAAGGCCAUAGCGAUGGUUCCUUGCUUUUGACCUCUUAUGCCUGUCAAACUAUAUGGGAUCAAAAUCAAAACUUUUGAAUUAAGUAUUCCUUUUGCAAUCAGAGUUCUUUUCCCUUGUCUGUAGCAAUCUGUUGUCUUUCUGCUAGAGUACUUAUUAUGCAAGAUGCUUAAAUCAUAAAGUGAGCAAUGGAGCAAGAAGGUACCAGAGUUGACACUAAAUUAUAUUUUAUUUCAGCAAAGGUUCACAACUAACACAGUGUCAAAAGAUUCAGGGUAAAAAUUUACCAGAUAUACAUACAGUGCAUAAUACAAAAUUUAAAAAUUGUGCUGGAGUUCAUAUGUUGGCAGUUCUAUGUUCUGGCCCUUAUCCAGCUAUCAGUUCAAACAGGUGAAGGGCACACAGGUUAAAAGUCCAUUUUACAGUAGGCAUUGUAUAUAGUGGAUAGUCUUUUCACAUAUCACCUUGGUUGUCUUGCUCCUCAUGCUGAAGGCUACUCAGAGAAAUAAAUGUUGAUGGUGGAUUAACAAAACAAAAACAUUAGACAUCUUUCAUAAUGCAGCAGGAGUUCAGCAUUGUCACCCAAUUUAACUUUAGCCACAUCUCAAUUCCUCUAUUACCAAGUAAGGGAUAUACAGAGAGAUGUUCACUGAUGGCUACCAUAAAUGUCAAGAUGCAUGCAGAACAUUAUAAGCAGAAUUUUCUUGCACUGGCUACUUCGACCAUUUGUUUUCAAGCCAUAAGAAAAUGAGACAUUAAAAUCAUGUGUGAGCCCAUCAGAUUCUUUAGAUUGCUGCUGGUGAACACUGUCAGGUAUUUGUUAUGACUAUCAUUCUUGAUAUCCUUGUAAAAUUUGACUUCAGGUGGUGACAUCUAGUGAAUAAAACCUCGUCAUCAAUUGCGUCUCUUGAAUUCCUUCUGAAAUGAGAAAUGUUCUUUAAAAGUUAGCACUCUUUAAGAAGACAAGGAUUCUUGUUAUUAGAGUCCUUUAACCUAGUAUCUGGCCUCUAAUAGACCAUCAGGCUCGGUUCCUAAUAUAUCCAAUACCUAUUUUGUGGACUCUGUAAUCUACUCUCACUUAUGCUGACAAAAUUGUACGAUGAAAUAGGCAGUUUUUCAAGAACUAUCAUGACUAUCAUGUAUGUUAAGCCACCAACAAGCUUGAUAAAUCUGUGUUACUUCAAAAAAAAAAAAAAGUGAAAGGAAAAACUAGCAGGCCUAAGAAUGUUAAACUCAAGACCCCAGGGGUUACUUAGAUCUGGUUCGCGGGGCUGCCCUGGAAACAGCAAAGGACCAGCCUGCAGUGUCUCUGGCAGUAUUUCUGCCAGUGAAAACGGAGCUCGGAGGGCCACGGGCGGCCCUCCCGAGCUCCAUUUUCGCUGGCAGAGGGUUGCAGGAGGCUGUUGCGGCUGAAAGCUGAGCUUGCAAGGGCUGCGGGUGGCCCUCCUGAGCUCAGUUUUUGCUGGCAGAGCACUCAGGCCACCACAGCCCCUCCCCCCAACAUGAGUGACAUCAAGCUGACCACGCCCACCCCGGCAAAUUGUUUCAAAAAAUUUUACUACCGAUUCUGUGGGCGUGGUGUGGCUUGGUGGGUGGGGCUUGGUGGGCAUGACGGGAAGGAUAUUGUAAAAUCUCCAUUCCCUCCACAAUCCAGGGGAAGUUUACUGCAAAAUCCCCAUUUCCUCCCGAUCAGCUGGGACUCAGAGGCAGAGAAUAGAUGGGGACGGGGUCAGCCAGAGGUGGUAUUUGCCAGUUCUCUGAACUACCCCAAAUUUCCGCUACCGGUUCUCCAGAACUGGUCAGAACCUGCUGAAAGCCACCUCUGACCCCGGCCCAUUGAGGUAAAACACAACGCUGAUGUGGCCCUCAAUGAAAUUGAGUUUGACACCCCUGCUAUAGAGGGUACAGGCAAAUUGCAGUGGGGAGGGGCUUGAAUUUUAACAUAAGCAGAGAAGAACAUUGGUUUGAAAGAAAUCAACAGCAAUGACAGGAUAGUUAAUAACUCAUUCACCAAUGGGGAUUGGGGGGCGGCACUAAAAUGUAUCUCUCCGUUCUGUUUAUCUUUCCCCAAAUGGGAAAAAAUAAGUCAAACCUGGAUCCUUUUUUUUUUCCUUUAACAAUUUGAGAGGAAGAAAGAAUUUGCUUAUAUAUAUAUUGGUUGAAGGAACUUAAGCACCAUAUCUGAGGAAUCAGGUGAAGCCAGGAGGAAAAAGUAACGUGGAAUGAGAUGCCCAAGUGGAGAAAAUCUGGCUUUUCAUGGUCAGGGGGAAAGUAUGAAGAUUUUACAUACAAUUAUGGGAAAAAGGAAAGAGUAGAUCACUCUCUUAUAUAUAAUCUUUUAUUAUAGUCACAGUAUUAAGCAAAACAUCAAAAAAAAAAAAAAAGGCCCGGAUUGAGCCCAACUCUUGAGCUUUAAUAAAUGGAUAUACUCUCAA